UAUCUUUUGUAGUUUAGUUUCUAUCGGUUUGUUGUUUUGGCAGCACUUCCCUAAAGUGAGUUUCCUAUUGCAGUGUUUUUUUUUUCUUGUUGAGGAAGGUAAAUUUUACGCGUAUCGAGCGAACGAAAUACUAUGGAAUGCGAUUGAUUACGUGCUCCGUCUCGUUCUCAGAGUUCUAGUGAUUUGUGCAGUGUUAUUGUUGGUACAAUUGUUCGUGUCAUAACAGAAGCUGGAAAAUAUGCAACUUGAGGAAACUCAGGUGAUGAUACUUUAAUGCAGAAGUCAUGAAUUUUGAAGAAGAAUACAUGUACGAGGAUUCUGGAAACGAGACGAGUGGAGACGACGUCGAUUUCGGCGUCGAGGCAGACGGAUGCUCUCACACCAACAUCCAGGCCUACGAGGAGGAGUAUCAGUUCGAGGUGCUCUCCACUGAAGCAAUUGUUCAGCACAUGAUUGAUUGCAUACGAGAUGUCAACACUGUGGUCCAGAUCCCAUCUACCACCACCAGAAUCUUGCUAAACUAUUUCAAUUGGGACAAGGAGAAACUGAUGGAAAGGUAUUACGAUGGGAAUCAGGAUGACCUCUUCAAGGAGGCCCAUGUCAUUAAUCCGUUCAAGAAGCAGACCACCCCCACCAAAAUAAAGAGUUCCAAAAAGCUGUCUGGUACUGAAGAAUGUGACAUUUGUUUUAUGGUCUUGCCUCCUGCCGAAAUGACUGGUUUAGAAUGUGGACACAGAUUUUGCUAUCAAUGCUGGAACGAGUAUCUUACAACUAAAGUGAUGGAAGAAGGUGUUGGUCAGACGAUCGCCUGUGCAGCUCAUAAUUGCCCUAUACUUGUGGAUGAUCAGACUGUAAUGAGGUUGGUCAAGGAUAAUAGGGUCAGGUUUAAGUAUCAGCACUUGAUCACAAACAGUUUUGUGGAAUGCAACAGAUUAUUGCGUUGGUGUCCCAGUCCCGAUUGCACUUAUGCUGUUAAGGUUACUUAUGUUGAUUCGAGACCGGUACAAUGUACAUGCGGACACACGUUCUGCUUCGCUUGUGGAGAAAACUGGCACGAUCCGGUGCGAUGCACUAUCCUACGGCGGUGGAUCAAAAAAUGUGACGAUGAUUCUGAAACAUCAAAUUGGAUUGCGGCGAAUACCAAGGAGUGUCCCAAAUGUAACGCCACGAUAGAGAAGGACGGCGGUUGCAACCAUAUGAUUUGCAAGAACCAAAGUUGUAAGGCCGACUUCUGCUGGGUAUGUUUGGGACCCUGGGAGCCUCACGGCUCGAGUUGGUACAACUGCAACCGAUUUGAUGAAGACGAAGCGAAAGCUGCUAGAAAUGCCCAAGAGAAAUCGCGGGCCAAACUGCAGAGAUAUCUGUUCUACUGCAAUCGCUAUAUGAAUCACAUGCAGUCACUUCGUUUCGAACACAAGUUAUACCGCUCCAUCAAAGAUAAAAUGGAGGAGAUGCAGCAGCAUAACAUGAGCUGGAUCGAAGUGCAGUUUUUGAAAAAGGCCGUGGAUAUCUUGUGCGAGUGCCGACAAGCGUUGAUGUACACCUACGUGUUUGCUUUUUAUCUGAAGAAGACGAAUCAGUCUGUGAUAUUUGAGGAUAACCAAAAGGAUCUGGAGACGGCCACGGAGAUGCUCAGCGAGUACCUGGAGAGGGAUAUCACCCAAGAGAAUCUCAUCGAUAUUAAGCAGAAGGUACAAGAUAAGUAUAGGUAUUGCGAUGGAAGGCGCAAGGCGCUGCUCGAACACGUUCACGAGGGCUACGAGAAGGAUUGGUGGCAAUAUUCUGAAACAUAGAUAGAUCACGACAGAUUUUUCGAUUUAUUUUUUUUACAAACACUUUAAAUGGUAAAACACAUUUAUUUACUUUUCUCCCUUGAAAACUAAACUAAAAUCAAAAUUCCCCACUCCCAAAACAAACAAACAAAAAAGAAGAAAAUUAUUGUAUAUUUUUAUCGAUGUUGUUAACUUAAGCCCGCCUCAAGAAGGUACGGUUCUAAUUCUCUUUCUCUCUCUCUUUUUUUAUAUUAUAUUUUAUUUGAAAUUUAGCACUUCAAAGCCGAAACAAUGAAACAAA